GGAGGCUGCUGGUCGGUGGUUUCUGUUGCUCGCAGAACAAGUGAGACGGAGAAGAGCCGCGAUCUCAUGCGUGCGCUGAAGCUCCCUGCCCGUUUCGCACAAGUGGCCACCGAAGCCCCUCCAUCAGCACGGCGCCACUCGAGCGAGUUUCCGGCAUCGCUUCAACGGGAGGGGAUCUCUUUUUCGGCGGCGGUCCGCUCCGCUUUUCGGUUUUCCUCCCUCGCGACCUUCCCCGCCUCGCCGGUGACCCGGGCUCCCUUUCCGAAGACCGCGCCGUGGAUUUUACCGCCGCCGUUCUUCCGGCGCGUCGUUCCUCUCCUGCUCCGGACGGCCACGCGGAACCGGGCGAAGAGAAGAGCUUCGAGGAGGCAAAUGCGAUGUGUUUAAGUAGGGGACCGGGAAGAGUCCCUCUCCUCUCCUGUCCUGUCUUACUGUGGGCGGAGCCCUCUGGACCCUGGGCCUGAUUCUGGACGUCGGUUCGAGCGAACUGGAUGAGGACGAAAGAUGCUCUCGCAUCUCUUUUCUCUUCGGCUCACGGGACUACCUUCAAAAUACACACGGAUGCACCGGCAGCUCCUUCGCUUCUGUUCCCCGCCAGCCGCUCCUUCCCGUGACUGGCAUCCCGUCUCGUUCGCGCCGACAUCCGUCCGUCCGCCUUUGAAAUAAGCGGGUCUGCGGCGGCAGGGUAAGGGCUCGGGCGCGCUCUCAUUUAUAUUUAUGAAGGUGCGGGGAGGAGAGAGAGGCACUUUGUGAGGCUGUCUGGGGCGCGCACGCGUGCUCGUCACACACGCGUGCGCGGCGGCGGCCACAUGGGCGCACAUCUGCGGUCUAGCCUUGACUCGAGCGUUCCGCGAUAAGCCUCCCGCGCCGUGCGAGAUUACAGCAGAUCACUACGCUCCUGCCGAGUUUAAAACUCCCAGGACGCCGCGAAUGAGGACCGUUCUAAUCCGUCGCCGUGCCAGGAGGUGAAGGACCGCGUUCGCCGAUGUCCAGACUAGAGCAUUUCAUGAAGGAUUACGGGAGCGCUCUGAGGUGCAUCUGAUAUUGCGGACGAGGAGAGGCGAAGCGGGACAGAAAGACGCCGAUAACGGAGUAUAAUGGCCUGUACUUUUCAUUUCAGGGAAUCGUUCGCCGAAAGGGCCGGAGGUCGUUUCGAAUAAGGCACUUAACAGAUUAAAAGGCGUUAAUGGGUUUAGACUGGACUUCGCAGCCGUGCGUCUCUCUACGUGACAAAGGAGCGGGGAAGUAGCCGGCGAGUAAAUAAAGAGGAUCAGACACGAGAGACACGCGCACGAAAACAUGUUGCCGGCAAGGAUUAGUGGGAAAGCUGACGCGGACGUCUAAUUCGCAUUGAGCCGAGCACAAUGGAAGAUAAAAGAAUGAGUAAAUAAAUUAGAUUAAGAAUUUAUUCCCUGUCCUAAUAGAUUUCCUUAUUGGCUGCACGCCAGCACUUUGAGGUCUCCUAAUAGGAGGGCGGUGGGGGUCGGGAAGGGGGGGGUCGUCGUCUUGGCCGUAUAUUGAAUCGGUUAUUGAUUUUUACAUUGACGGGAGAAUCGAUAGGUCUGAUAUCACUUUCGGAAGCUUAAAUAUGAAUUAGGUAAAAGGAGAGGGGACAGGUUUGUUCCGCGAAAGGAUACCGUUUUAGAAACGAAAUAAGCGUGGGAAGCGAGGUUCAUUGCGUCCACCUUCAUUUACUACGUUCCCGAAGAAGGCCGAGAGUUGCGCUUUCAUCGGUUAAUAGCGGAAGCGAGCAAGUGGGACUCGGGGGCACCCCGGCGCACGCCUUCGACGCGCAACCACUUGUGCUUUGUCUCGCUCAGUCCGACGGCCUGCAAACCCUUCUCGUGUUUCGAGUACCAGCUUGACGCGCGUCCGCCUGCAUCUGGCUCCACGGCGCCUCCGUCCGAACCCACUGCGCGUGGCUCAGCUCCCGCUUCUCGCCGCCUUCUUCACACGUGGAGCAUUUCGCUUUUUCCAGCACCCCGGGCCGGCGUCUCGAUUUCGAGAAGAAAAACGUAUCCGCUGGUUUUUGAUGGCAGGGAGGCGUAAAGCGGAGCGCGGGAGAGGCUCGGAGUUCCUCCCCUGAGCUGUCGAGGGGAGGGAGAACAGAGGGAGGAACUUUCGAGGAAUUUCCUCGCGUCGCCGUUUGGCGGGAAUCGCGUGAAACCGCUGGGAUUGGGUCGCGCGGAUUCUCCGGGAGGAUUAUGAGAAGGCUGCCGGGAGCAAGAGGCGGAGGAAGUUCCCGUUUCGAUGAGGGAGCAAAUCUACGGAGGACGGCGCCCGUCACCAUCCCCCAUCCCCAAACUCGCUCCCGACCGUGCGGCGCUCUCGCUUCUCCGGGAGAAAAAUCCGGGAGGGAUGCGAAAUAACGAGUGCAUUCGUACAUGUGGGGGCCUCUUUGAGGAACAAUAAAAGUAGUGAGGAGAAGAGUACGGCGAUGACGUUGGCCGGAAAAGAGGAUAAUAGUUGGACCCUUCUGGUUGAGUUGCGCUCUAAAAACGCACGUUGCUAAGGGUACAAUAGAGCGUCGGUCAAGCGGGUCAAGUUGGUUGACACGUGGAGAGCGUGCUUGAGGAAAAGUGCACUGGGAUUUGAGCGAGCGUCGCUUUGCCUCUUUUCCGUGUUUCUUCGCAAGACGACCGCCUUCUCCCUUUUUGCUCUCCUCCGCCUCGUCCCCCUCCGCGUCCGCCUCCCUCGCGUUCUCCAGAGCCUAAGAAUUGACUCGUCCAAGGACCUCUCGCCCGUCCUCCGGAGAGAUGGCGGACGCACGCUUACCGUGAAAGCGCAACCCCGAGCGCGAAACGGCACGGACGCCGAGUGAUGUUCCCAUCGCCGGACUCCUCCGGAUACAUUUUUGGACUCUUUUUUUAAUGCCCGGCUACCGCUUUGUGUGAAAUAACCCCGAGCGCUGCGUUCUCAGUUCAUUUCGCUCCUGGAACGAAAACGUACGAGACGGAACAUGGGACUUUAAAAUGCACCACUUGAUGCUUUCUUCCGGAAGGGUUCGAGACCUUGUCUGCUCGUGGGCCUUGCUGCUGGACGGAGGGGGGACGCGCUUCCUUUCGCGCUAAACGCGCCUUCGGAUUUCCGCGCCGCCCUGGGACCCCGGGACGCUCGCCGGCAGAGGAGAGGGAGCGACACUAACUGGGACACCAUGGGGUGCAACAUGUGUGUGGUGCAGAGGCCCGAGGAGCAGUGCAGAGUCAUGUUCCAGGUCAACGGGAAGGACGUACCCCGCCUGAACCAGGAGCAGACCCUGGAGGGCCUGCGGGCAUCCCGCGGGCCCCUGAUGCUGCGGAAGGGCCCCCGAAGGAAGAACGGGGCGGCGGGGGGGGGCCCGGCCGCGGUCGCGGCAGGGCCUGCGGACUGCGUGGACAGCGGCACCCAGACGGACAUCAGCUUUCAGCACGUUCUCCCCCUCAGCAGGGCGAACCACCCCCGGGCAGGGGCACCCCACUCGUCGCUCCCGCUGCCGCCCAUCCUGGAGCCCUACGAGCUGAACGAGCUCCCGCCUCUGGAACACGAGUACUACGACGCCAACGACUAUUUUGACGUCGCUCAGCAUGAGGUGGACAGGCAAGAUGAGCUGGAAUAUGAGGAGGUGGAGCUCUACAAGUCCCGUCAGCAGGACAAACUGGGCCUGACUGUGUGCUACCGCACCGAUGAUGAGGAGGACCUGGGCAUAUAUGUGGGCGAGGUCAAUCCCAACAGCAUAGCGGCUAAAGACGGGCGCAUCCGAGAAGGAGACCGGAUAUUGCAGAUCAAUGGCGUGGACAUACAGAACAGGGAGGAGGCGGUGGCCAUCCUCACCCGAGAAGACAGCACCAACAUCUCCCUGCUGCUGGCCCGGCCCGAAAUAGAGAAGGACAACCAGUUGGAUCCUGAUGAGCUGGACUUGGAACUGCAGGCUGGAUUGCAAGCACAGGCCCUGGAAAGCUCUGCCCAUCUGCCCAGCCCCUACAGACUGAUGAAUGGUGGUACCUUGGUGUUCGGAGGGCGGGGAGGUGCGGGGACGGAAAGGCGCGGUUGGUCUUCCCAAAGGGAUGCACCGGUUUUGCGGCACACCGUCCUGAACAACAGUCAGGAGCUGGACAGUGGCGUCGGCCGCACGGACGAGAGCACCCGCAACGAAGAGUCCUCGGAGCACGACCUCCUGGGGGACGACCAGACGAGCGCCUCGAACACUCCUGGGAGCAUGCGCAAGUUCCGAGCCAGCCGGGGAGAUACCCCACCCUUGUUGCGCUCCCGGGAGUUCCACUUCAGCACUGACUCGCUGCCAGGCCUGGAGGGCGGAGUGGCUGGGGGCGGGUACUCCCCAGACCCAGUGACCGUAGUAAUGAUGCCCGGUCUGACGGAGGAGGAAUGCGAGCGGUAUCGCGAGCUGCUCGAGAUCAAAUGCUUCUAUGAGAAGAACGGGACUGCAGUGUUGGCCCCCAGGCCAGGGAUGGAGAGGGGCCACGCAGCCGGUAGAACAGCCCUGGAUGUCAACCGCAACGAGGGUGCGAUGCAGCACGAGCUGGCGCUGCUGGAGGAGGAGCUGCGGCACCUUGAGUUUAAGUGCCGCAACAUCCUGCGUGCUCAGAAGAUGCAGCAGUUGAGGGAGCGCUGCAUGCGGGCAUGGCCUCUGGAGGAGGAAGAGGUGGGUGCAGCUGCUCCAGGGAGCUCUGGCAUGCUAGGCAACGAUGACCUCUUGCACCACGAGCUUUCGGACAUCACCGAACUCCCCGAGCGCGAGAAAUCGGACAAGGAGAGCACUAGCGCUUACAACACAGGGGGAGAGAGCUGCCGGAGCACCCCGCUAGCCAGCGAGCACUUCCUACCAGCAACCCCCUCUUCCCGAAUGCCUGGCACUCACAGAGAAAGAGGGGGGAAGGGCCAGGCCACCCUCAACCACUCCUACAUGUCUAGCAGGGAGCAAGUGGAGGGGAAAGGACCUGCAAGCCUUACAACCAAGUUCCGAUCGCUGUCCCAGGAUGGCUGCACCAGGAGACCAUGCGAAGGAAGCACAAGGAGGAGCCCCAAAGCCAGCAGCACAUUGGACCGAGGAGGUGGGCGCAGCGCGGAGACAAGCCCCUACUUCUCCCGGCGCCAACGUGGGGCCAGGUUGCCAGAGUGCUACCACAGCUGUGAACAACUGAAGGCUCCCUCUGUCCCUGAGAACCAAGAACCUAAAAAUUAUGGGGCAGAAAGCCAACCUGGGAGUGCAGCUGGGGGUGGGGAUGAGCACUGUGGGCCACCCAGCACUUGCAAGGACACCCUUAAUUCCUUCAGCACCCCAGUUCCAGAUUUCUCCAGUGCACCAGCCCCUCUGCCGCUGCCCCCUGCUUCGCCACGGAUGGAGUGGAAGGUAAAAGUACGCAGUGACGGUUCACGCUACGUGGCCAAGCGGCCCGUGAGGGACCGUCUCUUGAAGGCACGGGCUAUGAAAAUUCGAGAGGAGCGCAGCGGCAUGACCACAGAUGAUGACGCAGUCAGCGAGAUGAAGAUGGGCCGCUACUGGAGCAAAGAGGAGCGCAAGCAGCAACUGAUGCGUGCACGGGAAUACCGGCGCCGUCGCGAGUUCAUGAUGCAGAGCCGCCUCGACUGCUUGCGUGAAAGGGAACAGCAGUCUGGCGCUGCCCCAGCCGACUGCAGAGGGACUCAACAGGGGAUGCCGCAGGAGGCCACCAUCCUGGAGCUCAGCCAGAGGAAGAGUAUGAGAAAACGGAACAGGAAGAUCCUGGACAACUGGAUUACCAUCCAGGAGCUGCUGGCCCAUGGCACCCGCUCUCCUGAUGGCAAGAAGAUCUAUAACCCCCUACUGUCAGUCACCACUGUGUGAGGAGGAGGAAGAGGAGGAAGUGGCUAUCCAAUGCCUGCUGCUACCAGAGUAUUUUGGAUGUUUGGACGAAGAAAAGAGCACGGUCCUCACCAGCGGGUUACACUGACUGCUUCCCAGCAGACUGGAGAAGGAGGAGGAAAGAAGUGAGAAACAAGUCUGCUGUGUGCGGUAAACAGUUGCUCUUGUCUAGGGCAGAGCGUCUCAGGGGACAGAGAGGGUACAUGUAUGAGUUUCCAAGAAGCAAAAUAUGAAAGUGGUGGCAAAAAGCUCAUAGAGAAGAGCGUGAAGAGACGUAAAAGUAAGGUUUCUAAUAGCAGAAAUUCUAAAAUUCCAGCCUCCAGAUAGACCUGCAGUCACCAGCCCCAACCUGCCAAAAGUUUCUUGAAUUGCAUUUUCAGGCUCGCUCUUGUACUGGGCUGGCAUGUAGCAGGUAGUUCUAUGACGUGAGAUUGAUGGUCUGCAGCCCCAGCUCGACAUUCUGGGAAAUACAGAUGAGGUUGAUGCACCGCUGCAGUCACACCACCCUAGUGCUGUGAUUCACAAGAGGUAUCUUCUGAAAGGACCAUUUCAAUAGAGGUGAAGAGAAGAAAACAGCAGAACUCACUUCAUGUAUAAACAAUUCUGUGAAGGAAAGCAACAUGGAUAAAUUAGGGAUGUGUAUGUCAGCAGUCUAUCAGAGGACUGAGCCUGUCAGUCAGAGCAAAGAUGGUAACUUGUAGAAAACUGAAAUGCAAAAAAAGAAGCACAACUGGCAUCUGACAGAAAACGGCAUUUCCUAAAGACAGUCAAAUGGGUUUACAAGCACAUGGUCACAUUGGACAAAACAUGCAUCAUAAAAAAUACAUUGACUUGAUACUGAGGUAGACAGGCUCAAUGUACCAUGUUAGUUGCAGGCGAAAAAGGUGAUAAAAUUACUAUUUAUACAUGAAACAUAGACCGAGAGCUGUUAAAACGUUCCCCCCCACUCCCCCACUGUUACUCAAACGUAAGCACAGGGAACCGGCAUCAUUUAGGACAGUAGUACAAAAAAAAAAAGUACAAAAAAAAGCACAAACAAAAGCGGUAAUUUAAUGCUGAUUUCAAAACUUACUCAAGACAUAACUGAUGUAAUGACUUUAUAAGUGACUUAAAUUUCUUGUAUUUCUUAUAAUGUAUCUUGCUUAAGACAAAAUCUUACAAAUUGGUUAGACCAGUAUUAAAGUGGGUUGUUUUUGUUAUUGUAAAUGAUCUGCAUGGCGAAUACCUUUGUAAAACUGAAACUUUCAAAAACAUAUUCAAAAAGAAAAAUUUGCCAGCUGCUGUGAUUUGCGUGGCUGCUUUGUGUUAGAAUGUAGCUUUUCUUCCUUGAGUAUUUCACACUGCCUAUUUUUUUAAUGGGAACUUUCCAUUAUUCUGUAAAGUGCAUUUGUAUGUUCGGUGUAUUGUAGAAGAGACUUGUGUUCUGA